GUCAUCGCCAAGAGCAUCUACAUCACGCCAUUGAGUGAACAUCUAAUCCCAAUAGCAAAAGUGUCCUGAUAUGUCAUCUCGUAGUAGAGCCAAAAAGAACCAGAAAGAAGAUUCCAGUUCCAGAUCCACCGCAUCAAUCUUCAAAAACGUAACCAAGGAAGACUUUGAAGAGAAGGAGAAAGAAAAGGAACAACAGGCUGUUCCCAGCGAGUCAGUUAAAGAAGAAGAAGAAGACGACAUAGCCAAUGCUGCAUUUCCGUUCAAUUACAUCUACAUUGGCCAAGAUUUCCUCAAUGAUAACUUGACCUUUCUUAAAACCGUGCAAUUAUUAGUCAUUGGGUUCUUUAUACAAUUAUUGUAUCUUGAACGGGCCAAAUUUGAGAAACUCAAUGACAAUCUUGGGUUGAUCUUGUUUAAUGCACUUGGUGUUGUAUCAGCUAUGAUCUUGAGUCAUGUUAAGGGAGCAGACAAGACCUUACCUGAUUUCAAUUACAUCUAUUGCGUUGUCUUGUUACUCUUGUACAAUAUUGUUCAUUAUUCACCCAAAUGGUUUAUUGCAAACAUAUCCUUAAACUACUUUAUUGUGGACAAGUUGAAUCCAUUGUUUAACCUUGCUUCUUCAGUUAUGUUCCACGAGAUAUACAAGCAGGAUGAAUCCUUGACUACAGUUCAAUAUUCCCAAAUUGCAUCAUUCCACUUUUUGUUAAGCACCCUGUUGGAUUAUGUAAAUAAGAAAUCACUCAAGAAAUCCGAAGUUCAAUCCAUUUGUUUGAUUAUCACCAACUUGUUGUUCAAUUAUGAAUUAGUCAAAGCACAACCUUUAAUUAUAUUUCAAAAAUUGUUGAUCAGUUUGGUCAUUUCGGCAGCGUUGGUAUACUCAGUUUACAAAGUUAUUCCUGAUUUACUCACAAUUGCGUUAUUUAGUGGUCUAUUCUACUUUUUUACAACUUUCCAAUUGACAAAAGUCUUGGGCUCCAACCCAGUCAUUUGGUUGUACAAUUACGUCAAGGACGAACCAAGGUUUGGCUUAUUAUUCAGCUGGUUGAGAUUAGCACUAGUUGUGAUCCCACUUGUGUUUUACUUGGCAGACAAGUUUAGUCUAAACGUGAAAAGAAAAAUCUGGCACGUAUUCGUCAUUGUCGUGCUUACAUUCACUCCGUCGAUUUUGUUUGAUCAGAUUGAAUUCACAUUAUUGAGUCUUUAUGGAGUGUUGAUUAUUUUCAUACUUGUCGAAUUACUCCGAUUGAACGAGAUCACUCAAGUAGGUGAAUUCUUGGCUGAACAAUUAUCUCAAUUCCAAGACAGUAAAGAUGUAGGUAUUAACAUCUCAUAUAUUUACUUGCUUGCUGGUGUUACAUUCCCCAUUACCUACGACUAUGUCAUUAAUGGUAAUAAUGUGACUAUAGUGAGAUACUUUGGAUUAUUGACGUUGGGAGUUGGUGACACAUUUGCGUCAAUAAUCGGAAGAAGGUUUGGCAGUUACAAGUGGAAGGGAAGCAACAAGUCUGUACAAGGAUCAGUUGCAUUUGUGGUAAGUGUUUUCGCAGCCAUUUAUCUUAUUGAAUAUGCAUUUGCAGCAAGAGUAGACUACACCAAUGUAAGAAAUUGGGAGAACGUGCUAGUUGCUGUUAUAUUAGGAGCUGUAUUGGAAGGUACGGCCGAUUUGAAUGAUAAUUUACUUGUUCCUGUAUUCAUUCCUAUCACUUUUGAAGUGUUGAAUAGAUGUUAUUAGGAAAGACACUUAGCUUUAUCUAAUUUUUCACACAUACUUUUCUGAAUAGACCUUUGAGACGUUCUAGAAGUCUGCAGGUUUGUAGAUAUCACGAGACUGUUUGGCUAUGCGACUAGUGCCCCUGGUUAUAUCUCUUUUAAUC